CCUUCGGCCGAUAGAGUAUGAAAUUAUAUCACUGCUUCCCGUAUACUGGUUCCAAAGGUCUUGUAGAUGUUUCGCGUUCAAACUUGAAUUACUAUAAAAACAGAGCUGUAAAUAUGCCCAGGAUCACUCCGUCGCGUCUAUGGGAGCUCCAAGCUUACGGAAUUCCGAGCUCAUCUGCCAGAUAUCACCGCCUUUGUUAUGUUUUAACUUGAAUUUAGGCGGAUUCUAUACAUGGUGAAAUAUGUAUCAUCAUGUCAGUAUGCUAAAAGAAUCAUUUUUAUUUCGAUGCAACCUUCCCCGAAUACAGUUUUGUUUGCUCGCAGCUAUUCUUCUACAUGAAGUGUUGACAGCUUCAGACGUAACCGUAGUAGGUCAACAAAUCUGUGGGGACCCUGGCUUCCUUGAGCAUGGCAGCCGGACACCAAGCUCAGGUGUAUUCUUUGUUAAUGCAGUGGCCAGAUACCGCUGUAUGGACGGGUUCAGACUCAAGGGACCAGCUAAGGUUGUUUGCGUCCGAUUCAAUAAUGGAUCAGUUGGCUGGAGACCGAGCCACAGACCAGUGUGUCUACAAGAAGAUUGUCUUCCUCCCUAUAUAGAAGAUGCAAAUGUGUCCAAUCACACCUACAGACCUGGAGAUAUCCUAAGUGUUAGCUGCCAUGAGGGCUUUCAGAUUCGCUACCCUGAUAUGGACAACAUGGUUUCUAUCUGUCAGGAUGAUGGGACGUGGGAUAAUCAACCUACUUGUCAAGGCUGCUUGCGUCCACUGAUCAACCCACAUAGCUACAUGAACCUGUCAGAAACACAGUUUUCUGUUCCAGUUGGAACUGUGGUGCAAUACCACUGUUUCCCUGGUUACAAACUAGAGGGUGCAGAGAUGAUGGAAUGCAUGUAUAACCUUAUCUGGUCGAGUACACCACCCAGAUGCCUUGACGUGGAGGUGUGUCCCCUGCCCCCAAUGUUAGAGCACGGAGAUUACAUGUGUCACCCACAACCUUGUGAUCGGUACAUCCAUGGGACAGUGGUAGAGUUCUACUGUGACCCUGGCUACUCCCUAGCAAAUGAUUACAAGUACAUAACUUGUCAAUAUGGGGAGUGGUUUCCUCACCUGCACGUCCAUUGCAUUAAAACAGAACCCACCUGGCCUGGUUUUCAGGACAGCCUCCUGACCAAGUGGCGAGUGGGGGCGUUCACUGCCUCUGGUGUUCUGCUGGCUUUGCUCCUGGUCAUGAUAGUAAAGGUGACGCAGUUCCAGUGCAAGCCUCAGUGGAGCUUACGGGAUCAAGACCAGGAUCUCAGAGACCAGAACAUUGUUGUAGUGGAUGGUGUCCCAGUGCUGCUUCCUACCUAUGAGGAAGCAGUGGGUAGCGCAGCCCUUCCUCCCCAGAGGAUUGCGCCUCCAGUCAGCCUAGAGGACAUACUGCAGGCGGAGGAGCCACAGCCUCCUGAGUACCCAGGACACAGCGAGACUCCGAGCAGAGCUCCCAUAGACACCAGUGAAUGUGAGACCUAUGAGAGCUUUUCAGACAACUCAGAAUGUGUCCAGAGCACCCAGGCGUCAUCUUCCAAUGCAGGUGGAAUGAAUAACCCCUCAGAGAGAACCAACAUGGUCUCCUCCAUAGAGGAGACAGCCUCCACUAGCCCCAGCGUUGAUAUUGCGGAUGAAAUUCCUCUGGUAGAAGAUGGAACCGAUGAGAGCUGAUGCCCAGAUGACUCUAAACAGACUUUUAAUUGUUACAUUUCUAAUGCAGUUAUUACAGGACUCACAAGGCAAAUGUAUUGGUUUACCACACAAGACUGUUCCCUCUUUCUGGCAAUACAUUUUGUGGCGUUAUCACAAAAGUGCAUAAUGGAACGCAAAGUAAAAAGUUAUAUAUCAAAGAGAAAUUAGCAAUAAAACAACCUCAAGUUCAAA